AGCACCCACCCCAGCUCCCAGCCCAGCUAUGGCGUCCCUGCUGCCUGUCCAGACCUUGCCCUUGAUCCUGAUUCUGCUGGCUGUCCUGGCCCCCGCGGAUGCAGCCGACUUCAACAUCUCAAGCCUCUCUGGUCUGCUGUCCCCGGCGCUGACGGAAAGCCUGCUAGUUUCCUUGCCCCCCUGUCACCUCACAGGGGGCAACGCCACACUGACGGUCCGGAGGGCCAAUGACAGCAAAGUGGUGAAAUCUAGCUUCGUGGUGCCUCCAUGCCGUGGACGCAGGGAGCUGGAGAGUGUGGUGGACAGUGGGUCUGGCUUCACAGUCACCCGGCUCAGUGCAUACCAGGUGACAAACCUCGUGCCAGGAACCAAAUACUACAUUUCCUACUUAGUGACGAAGGGGGCAUCCACUGAAUCCAGUAGAGAGAUCCCAAUGUCCACGCUUCCUCGAAGGAAGGUGGAAUCUAUAGGUCUGGGAACGGCCCGGACGGGAGGCAUGGUGGUCAUCACAGUGCUGCUCUCCAUCGCCAUGUUCCUGCUGGUUCUGGGCUUCAUCAUCACCCUGGCACUGGGCGCCCGAAAGUGAGGACUGCCCCGGGCAGCAGGCUCCUCCAGGAAAUCCAAGGCACCGCCCAUCUCCUCGGCCCAGGGCUCUGCUUUUGCUCCUGCCUUCUCUGCUGAAAAGCCUGCCUGCUCCUGGGCCACAGUUACCAGGCUCUGGCUCCUCUGGUGCUGUCCCCUCCCCUCCCUGCCCCCUCUCCACUGCUGCCCUUUCCUCCCUCUGUCCCCCUCCUUGUCCCCUAAGGCCUCAUCUUGGCCCAACACUCCCCAUGAUUCCCCUCAUCCCACACCUGUCAGAAUUGGUUUUCCUCCCAUUUCGCCUCUUGAACCAGCCCUGACCCCUGACAGACAGGAAUUUCCCCCUCCCUCAGUGAUUUUAAUCCCUACAAUAAAGCCUGAUGCCAUGUUGC